AUGGACCUGAACAGGGACGAGUACAUCGACUGGACCGAGUUCGUCGCGGCCUGCAUCGACCUCGGCGGCGGCCUCUUCGACCAGGAGCUCCGCAGGGCCUUCGAGGAUGCCGACAGCGACGGGGACGGUCUCCUGAGCCAGCAGGACUUCUCGAGGCUCCUCGCGGGGCGUUGCGUGCGCGGCGGCGGCGUCGGCGCCGGCGCCGCGGCGGACGUCUUCGCGGACCUGGCGGGCCGCGACGGCGCGGGCGCGCGGCUCGACUGGGCGGCCUUCCUGGGGCAUUUCCGGCUGCUGGCCGCCGCCGGGGCGCACUGA